AUGGCCGUGACGGAGACUAUUCAGAAAAUGCAGCGAGAAAGAAGGGAACGGUGGAGAGGGCUAUUCACAGAUCGAGCUGUAGUGACUAGUGACUACUGGAACCGUAAGCGCCAGGUCUACGAUACAGAUGGGAAUUUUCUCCAGCGCCUUGACGGCAUCGAGAUGCAGGUAUUGCUCUCCGAGUUCCUCGGUCGGGUAGCUGCGCUUCCAGCCUGCCGAGAAGAGUAG